GGCUGCUCGUCGAAUUUUCAGUCGCCUAGCCGAGCUUAACCGAGCGCGAGCGUUCGUGCAGUAUCGGUCGUGUAGAUCGUAAAUCGUGCGAUCCUGUAUCUCGUUUCCUCGCGCUGUGUGGUAGUUGGAAGAGUACAGUGGUGGGAGGCGUUACUCGGUGAGAGAUCUCUCGAAGUAAAGGAGAGUUGAAAGAGAAAGAGAGGAGAACGAUCCUUCGAAAUACGCGUUACCGUAUCCGGAGAAGAGAUUUUAUAAUAUCGUAUUCGCGCGACGACGAAACUUUGCGCGAAUUCGUCGUCGUCAUCGUCGUCGUCGUCGUCGUCGGUCGUCGGUCGUCGGUCGUCGUGAUCGUGGUCUUGGUCGUGUGAUUGUCGUGUCGUGUCGUCAUCAUAACUGUUGUUAUCAUUAUUGUUUGUGAAAAGAUUAAGAUUAUUCUAAGAUUUAAAAUAGGUUAUACGAAUGUUAUAUAGUUCUUAUUUAAAACACGUGGAAAUAAAAGUGGAUACCAUGAUACAUUUUAGUGCAUCUAAAGAUACAACGUUUUGAAGAAGUUUGAGAUAGUGCAAGGAACAAGAAGAUAACAAGGAGGAGAAGGUGGAGAAGAAAAAAAGGAAGAAGAAGAAGAAGAAGAAGUAGGAGGAUAGAUUCGGUUUAACGAAUAAAUUUGGAAGAAAAAUAAAGUAAAUAAUAAAAGAAGAUGUAUUCGGACGGUCACGAAGUAGACGGCAGCUGGGUGCUGCGAGUCUACGUGACGGAUCUGCAGGUAGAGAGGAGCCUACGCGUUAAGGGAGAAUUGCACAUCGGUGGUGUCAUGCUACGUCUUGUCGAGGAUCUCGAUAUCGCCAUGGAUUGGUCGGAUCACGCUUUAUGGUGGCCAGCACGGAAUCAUUGGUUGACAAGAACGAGAAGUACAUUGGAUCAGUAUGGUGUUGCUGCAGAUGCAUUAUUACAUUUCACUCCAAUGCACAAAACACUUCGUGUACAAUUACCUGACAUGCGUUCUGUGGAUUGUAGGGUAGAUUUUUCAGUAAAAACAUUUAACGCAGUAAUCAAUCUCUGCAAAGAACUUGGUAUCCGACAUCCUGAAGAAUUGUCAUUUUGUAAACCAUUGGAACCGUCUCAUUUGAAACACAAUUUAAAAGAUUUACCAACGAAGAAGAAAAUUGAAAAUCAAAAGAACGGUCAUUGGAAUGUACCAGCUGAUACGAAUACCUUUAUCCCAGCAAGUCAAAGUCCCAGAGGAUCAACAGGAAGCCUUGACCAAAGUAGUCCCUUCAUGUGUGCCCCAGUUACACCCAGUAAUAGGAAUCACAGUACACCCAUCAGUUCUCCGGUAUCGAAUGACACGUUAAAAUCCUUACAGAUUCAACAUACAAGUACAUGGAAAAGAAAUAACAACUCGUCAGGUUUUGGCAGUACCGGAUCUUUCAAUGCAAACAACAGUACGAUGAGUUUGGAAGCAUUAAACGGUGGUUUAUCUGAAUCCCUUGCACAAAGUCCGGCUUCAAUUUCACCGGAAGUACGCUCGAAGUUAAUCAGGCCAAAAAGUCUCGUAGAAAGGGCAAGAAUGAACGUAGCAUGGUUGGAUUCUUCACUUUCUAUCAUGGAACAGGGUAUACGUGAAUACGAUACUCUAAGGCUCAAAUUUAAAUUUUAUUCGUUUUAUGAUUUAAACCCGAAAACCGAUGCUGUCAGAAUCAACAUGAUUUACGAGCAAGCCAAAUGGCAACUUUUAGCCGAAGAAAUUGACUGUACCGAAGAAGAAAUGCUCAUGUUUGCUGCACUUCAGGUUCAAGUAAAUCUUCAAGCUAGUAUGCCACAAACAAGUUACGAUAGCAAUGGUGCAUCAUCUCCCGUAGAAGACGACAUAGAUGCAGCAUUAACGGACCUUCAGGUUACCCUCGAGGGUAGUAACAUAAAUAACGGUCCAAGUGACAUCACGCAGGUGCCAGAACUUUGCGAUUACUUGCGUUUCUUCAAACCAAAACGUUUCACAUUGAAGGCGUUCAAGCGAUACUGGUUUACGUGCAGGGAUUUACAAUUGAGAUUGCACAAAACGCGAGAGGAAACAAAUAGUUCGGAUUCACCGGCAUACGUCAUUAAUUUACGUGGAUGCGAAGUUACGCCAGAUGUUCAUCUUUCUCAAGGUCGUUAUGCUAUAAGAUUGGAGGUACCAAGUGCAGAAGGCAUGACCGAAAUGUGGAUCAGAUGUGAUACCGAACAGCAAUAUGCAAAGUGGAUGGCUGCUUGUAGAUUGGCAGCGAAAGGUCGUACAUUAGCAGAUUCAUCUUACGAAACUGAAGUAAACAGCAUUAUAGCUUUUUUGCAACUUCAAAGACCUGCUCCAGCACCAGCGAUAAAUCCAAACUCUUUGGACAUAACACCGGAUGAUUACGUUGCACCAAGAUUCGUAAAGAGGCUUAAAGGAAAGCUGGUUCAUAGGAUUUUAGAGGCUCACGCUAACGUAAAGGAUUUGCCUUUGGUUGAGGCCAAAUUGAAUUACAUAAAGGCUUGGCAAUCACUUCCAGAAUAUGGUAUAUCUCUCUUCGUAGUUAGAUUCACCGGUAAAAGUAAAGAUGAGCUAUUAGGUAUUGCCAAUAACAGGCUUAUGCGAAUGGAACUUAACAGUGGUGAUCAUUUAAAAACAUGGAGGUAUAAUACUAUGAAGGCAUGGAACGUAAAUUGGGAAGUAAAACACAUGAUGGUACAAUUCGAAGAAGAAAAUAUUAUAUUCGAGUGUCAAUCAGCUGAUUGUAAAGUGGUACACGAGUUUAUAGGUGGUUAUAUAUUCCUAUCGAUGCGUUCAAAGGAAGCUAAUCAAACAUUGAACGAAGAAAUGUUCCACAAAUUGACAGGUGGUUGGCUAUGAGUGAAAUCUCAAUAUGAAGAAAAAAGUAUGCUUUUAUAUUUUUAAAAGAAUGUUCUAUUAUUCUAUGGUUUUUUUCUUUUUUUCUUCUCUCUUUCUUUCUUCAUAAAUCUUACUUGAAAAUAACACUGGCCAUUGUCAGUGAAGGUUAAUAGGAAAAAAAAAAGAAGGGAGAAAGAGGAAUAAGACAAAUAUUUCUAAACAAAAUUAAUAAUUAAUAAUUAAAAAUACGAUGGAUAAAACGUUUGGGAAAAGUAAAAUUUCGUAUAUUUAAAAUAAUGCUUUAGAUGUGUAAAUAGAAAUAUGAAUUUAAUCGUCCAAAUGAUGAUUGAGAAAUGCCUUCUUUAUGAAUUAAUAAUGCAACUCUGAUCGUUUUAUAUAUAUAUAUAUACACACAUAGAUCUUUUAUCGUCCUUGAAUUAAGAUGCAUUAGGAUGAAUAAUUAUGUAAAAUAACGAUCUGUCAAGAGAUUAGAAUUAAACAAAUGCGGAUUUUAAUUUACGCAUGAUAAUACUAUACCAAUGUACGGAACGUUUAUAUAUUUUGAUAACAAACGAAUAAUAUUUUGUUGUUAUCUUUCUCAACAACAACCUGCACGGACGAUUAAAAGUAAAAGUAUAUAAAAAAAA